GGCAACCUGCAGAAGUACUCCAACAACAGUCUGGUGGUGCAGGCCAUGAAGACCAAUCUGACAGACCCUGACAUGCAUGUUCUGUUCUUUGACGUGGAGUCGGUGAUCAUCCAGCUGCUGACGGAGGAGGCCCAGCGGCCCAACCCCACCCUGGUCUCCCCAGAGACCCUCCAGAAGGCCCAGGGAGCAGCUGACAAAGGAGGGUCCUUCCUCGCCAACAAGAUCUUCAAACAGGUGAAGGAGACGAUGAAGGAGACCAUUAAGGAGCACCUCCUGGAUGAAGACGAGGAGGAAGAGGAGGAGAUGAGGAGACGCGAGGAGAAGUCUAAGUCUCUGUCUCUGUUGGAGUAUAACCUGACUAUGGACACGGCCAAACUGUUCAUGUCCUGUCUCCACGCCUGGGGCCUCAACGGACCACUGGACGAGGUGUGUCUGAGCAGACUGGGCAUGCUCAAACCCCACUGCCCCAUCUCCUUCGGUCUCAUAUCCCGCGGAGGUCAUAUGUCUCUCAUGCUGCCCACCUUCAAGGAGUCCCUGCUGCGUCAGAUGGCCCUGUCCACAGGCAGGAAGUUGUCCCUGUCAGAGAUGGUGGGUAAAGGGACAUACGGAGUGUCCCGGGCCGUGACUACCCAGCACCUGCUCUCUGUCAUCUCAUUGGCUAACACCCUGAUGGGCAUGACCAAUGCCACCUUCGUGGGAGAACACAUGAAGAAGGCACCUGUCAG